AAGAACCUGCAUCACACUUUCCGCGCCAGAACCAAGACCAAAAAAAUUGAGUGGAGCCUUCCCAAGCUUCAUCUGAAAUUUUUCCAUCGCCAGCCCACCCUCGAUCUUUCCUUUCGCAGCCGCGCACAACAGACCGGACUGUGCCUCGCGAGGAAGCCACGACGCCAAUCGAAUAGAGCGAGACCAGAAGGAAGGAACCAAAACUAAUUCACAAUGUCGCUCUUUGUGCUUGCCGAGACGCCGGCAGGCUAUGGCCUGUUUAAGGCUACUGACAAGAAGAUGCUCAAGAAUGAGGAACUCGCUGCUGAGCUUGGACGACCUGAGAAGGUGGUCGAGAUGCUCAAGCUCAAGAAGUUUGUGAAGUUCGACAGCGCCGCUACCGCUCUCGAAGAAGCUGCGUCGCUCAAGGAGGGCAAGGUCCCUGAGCUUCUCACCCAGCUCCUCGACGACCUCAAGUCCGAGAAGAAGGCUUCGCUCGCUGUCGCCGACAUGAAGCUGGGCACUGCCAUCUCUAACAUGCCCUCGCUAAACAUUUCUCCUGUUUCUGGCUCCAAUACCAUGGACCUCUUCCGUGGCAUUCGAGGUGGACUUCCCAACCUUAUCCCCGGUCUGCUUGAGGAGAACUUUGACCGCAUGGCCCUGGGUCUUUCUCACUCCAUGUCGCGCCACAAGCUCAAGUUCUCUGCCGACAAGGUCGACUCCAUGAUCAUCCAGGCUAUCAAGCUUCUCGACGACCUCGACAAGGAGCUCAACGUCUACGCUAUGCGAACCAAGGAGUGGUACGGAUGGCACUUCCCUGAGAUGGCCAAGAUCUUAAACGACAACUUGGCUUACGCUCGCGUCAUUCUCGCUGUUGGCAUGCGCACCAACAUUGCCGAUAGCGACCUCUCCGAGAUCCUUCCCGAGGAGAUUGAGACUUCCAUCAAAGCUGCUGCCGAGAUUAGCAUGGGUACCGAGAUCACUGAUGAGGAUCUCGACAACAUCAAGCUCCUGGCUGACCAAGUCAUUGUCUACUCAAACUACCGAACACAGCUGUCCUCGUACCUCGAGAGCCGCAUGCGCGCUAUCGCUCCCAACCUGACUGCUCUCGUCGGCUACCUCGUCGGUGCCCGUCUCAUUGCCCACGCUGGCUCUCUCAUCAGCUUGGCCAAGUCUCCUGGUUCCACCAUUCAGAUUCUCGGUGCCGAGAAGGCCCUCUUCCGCGCCCUCAAGACCAAGCACGACACACCCAAGUAUGGUCUCAUCUACCACUCUUCACUCAUUGGCCAGGCCACCGGCCGAAACAAGGGUAAGAUCGCUCGUAUGCUGUCUGCCAAGGCCGCUCUAGGCCUCCGUGUCGAUGCCCUAGGUGAUGCCGAAGACGACGCUGAUGAGGAGGAGCGCGCUAUCCUUGGUCUCAGCAACCGCAUCAAGCUUGAGAACCACCUCCGCAAGCUCGAGGGCAAGCCUCUUCUGCCCAAGGGUGCCAACGUCACCCCUUCUGGUGAGAUUGUUGGUGCUGGCCAGUUCACCCUCAAGGAGACCCGCCGAUACAAUGGUGAUGCCGAUGGUGUUGCCGAUGAUGAGGAGACCACCGAAGCUACUCCCGCCAAGAAGCUCAAGAAGGCCAAGAAGCUCAUUGAGGAGGUUGAUGAGGAGAUGAAGGACGCUGAGGACAGCGACGACGAGGCUGCCACUCCUGGCAAGCCCAAGAAGCUCUCCGAGGCCGAUUACGAGCGCCUUGCGGAGGAGGCCGGUAUCUCAGUCAAGAAGUUCAAGCGCAAGUACGAGCGAGGUGACGUUGAGCUGAACGCCGAUGGCACACCCAAGGUCAUCAGCAAGAAGGAACUCAAGAAGCUGCGAAAGGGGAGGAGAAGGCACUCUUCUAGUCGCAACCCGCCGCCGAGCAGACUGACGGCAGAGAGCGCAGCACGAUGACUCAGAAGACGAGGAGCCCAAGAAGGAGAAGAAGCAGAAGAAGAAGAAGCGACACUCUGAGGCUUAGAGGCCCUCAAGUAAACGUCUACGGCGCAAGUCGUGACGAUGCUGAAUCAGACACAAUUGUAGGACACUGAGGUUAACCAAUCUCAUCCUACCUGCUUUACUCGUACUCGUCUAAACAUUGGCGAAGAACCCGCUCCAAAACGAAAGAUCAUAUUUCAAGUCAACCCAACAACAGACUAUUGGACGGUUCCCGAUGUGUAGAUAUAUGAUACCUGAGAGACUCCUGGCAUGGCAUCUUCUGCCCGCACCUUGUUUCCUGGCUGGCUGGCGUUUGGGUGGAGGGCAUAUUGGCGUGAUUUGGUUUUAUCCCUUUUUCGUAUUUUCAACUCGACCCUCUGUCCCCUCCCCCGUCCCCUGGGUGGAUGCGCGGUGACUUCUGGAGAGGAAUCUACUAUGCUUUUGAUGUAUCAUUACGGGAGGGUGAACAGAGGGAUAUAGAAGAGAAAAUUGUCAAGUUUAAAAGUUAAUCCUCAAAUUUGGCCUGCCCUGAAGAUUGUGAUUGCUAAAUGAACUACUACCUAGG